GGCAUCUCUGUGGGGGGCGGGCGUUGGGGGGGAGGGGCAUGCGGCCGCGGCGCGGGCGGCUGGGGCGCGGCGAUGGCUCCCGGAGACGGAGCGCAGUUCCGCGUCUGCCGCCAAGCGGAUGUGCGGCAGGCGCUUUCCUCGUCCAGCGCCGUGUUGCACAGCGCGCAGGUGGGCAAGCUGGUGAGGCUGCUUGGUGCCGCCGUGGAGCUCGAAGACGGAGGACGCCGCGUGCCGCUGGCCCCCAGGGGCUGGAUAGAUGCAGACGCCCUUGAGCCGGUCCAGGCCGACGGUCUGGGAGGCGGCGCCCCCGCGCGCCCCGGCAGCCCCCUGGGCGGCGCCCCAGGCGGCGCCCCCGCGCGCCCGGGCAGCCCCCCG